UGAUGCAGCAGCUGAAGCAAGCGUGUGCCCCCCUUUCACGAAUCGAACGCCAUGGUGACAAUACGGCUCACUGUCAGCCCACAACACCGACAGGCACCGGCGAUCGAUCGCUCUAGUGAUCGAGGAGACACGUACAAGCCUCGGUUCCCCGGAACGCACGUGCAUUACAAUGUAUGGAGUAGCGGAACUUUCAAGUCCUAGUUUCAUCUCUCUGUCAAGUAUAAUGCAGUUUUCUUAGAAAUGGAAUUACUAUCGUUGAUUAAUUGAUUGCUAUCGCAGCUGACGGAAAGUAUGUGCUUGGUGUGGCUUGGCAGCAGAACAUUUGUGUAUUUAUACCAAUGUCUGAAGAUCGGGUUAUCCUAGAGAGGGCGACACCAAAUGUAAGCAGAUUUAUUCAGUGUUGUUGUGUCUGUGAUUUACGUACAACGCGAGCUGUGAUGGCGUCGAGAUCGUCAACCGGGAUUUUGUCGUCUGCUCAUUUGGCGCCAAAUCUACCGGAUUUCCAGCCAUGACAGUGGAGAUCCAGCACUGGAGUGAAGGUUCCCGCGCCCCGCCUCCUCCAUAUUUAGAGGCGCUGGCCUACCCUCUGACAGCGAUAACCAAACCGACAGAUAACGAAAAGGAUACGGAGGAAAACACCGAACUAAAAAAGUGUCCAGAAAUUCAAGAUGGCGGAACAUCCUUAUACCCAAUUGCUCUGUUGUCAAACACAUCACGAUCUAACAGUGUGUGUUCUGGAUGUAGUGGGGUACGGUCAAACUCACCCCUCGUGUGUCACGUGACUACUGACCAUCCACUCUCGUGCAGAGGCUCUUGUGAGUCGUGUGUGCAAGAGAGUUCGGAUGAAGUGACGUCAUUCAUGUCGAAAAAGCAGUGUCUUAGUCACAAUUCCAUAACGUCAAAUAAACUGACGGGAUCCCCGGGGUCCUUACAGACUUGUCGAUCCUACUCUCCCCAGCCUGGCCCCAGCGGCUACAAUGGGAGCAAGGGCAAGGGGCGGGCCAGCUCCACCGUCAAAUUUAUUAACGGAGCUGGGAACUACAAAACGGGUGCUACAAGUGACAGCUCUGAUAAUAUAUACUCUACUAAUUGUACAACGUCACUGAACGAGACGGAAGAGGAGCCGAACAACAGUGCAGCCGACCGCGGAACUCUCUACUGCGCAUGCGGGAUACUUAUUUCCAUCGUUACACUCGUCCUGCUGCUUGUUAAUUUUGCAUAAUCCAUGACGUCAUAAACAAUUGACUGUUAAUCUUCAAUCAAAACAAAGACAACUUGAAGAUUCCUUAACCGGAAGUUGACUUUUUAUUUUUGUACUGACACCAAUUCGUAGUAUUAGUAUAUGGCAUUGUCUGUUACAUAUUUUUCUAAGACAAUUUGGUUUUGGUUUUUAUGGUGUGGUAUGAUUCUUCAUUAGAUUCAAGUACAGAGGGACAUCGCUAACCGGAACAAUUCCUUUGCAUUCAUCAACCUGAAACAUUUCCGGAUUUAUACACGAUAUUCAUUGUAUUCGAUCAUUUUAUAAAGUGUCACGUCAUUUUCAUCUUUUAUAUGAACAGUGUUCAUUUUUUAGUCCCGUGUCUCUAUGAAGAAAACGAUACAGUAAAGACAAUGGGAAAAACGACAUUUUCUUAUUAUCUACAGAAUACCAAGAGCAGAACCUUUUUCUGUUGUCCAGCAAUGGUGAGUGACUUUGGUAAUAUAAGAAAAGCAAUAUGUCCAGUUUAUGAUGACGUCACCAGUGGUGUUGGAAUAUCAAUUCUUUUGAUUUGACCCUUUAACACUGUACUGUGAUAGUAUUAGCUUAUUGUAAGGCGGACAAAGACAUGUCUACAAAAUCAAACCUUUUAUUCAAUCUUUUCUUUCGAAAUGUAACGUAUUACACGAUUUAUAUUUUCAUUGUUUAUAGAUGUAACUAUUGUCAGCUCUUUCCGUAAUUGUUGAUUUUGACGUAUAGUUAUCUGAAUGAAUCUGAAGCAUGCUUCAGAGUUGAGUAUUUGAAAAAAUCAAUUCAAAAUUAAUAUGAAACAAUAUGAAAAUGUAUGUGAAUGUUUUCUCUUAACUUUUACUUAAAUUGUCUACCGUUUGACCUGUUCAAGAUUUCUCUGUCACCCCUAGGAUGUGAAUUCUCUGUAACCCUCAAUAU